AUGCCCCACACAACUGCAUGCAAGCGGCAGCUCUUUUGGGGACACCAAUCGUUUGUGUCUCACGUUUUGCCUUCGCUGCUGGACCUGCUGGACUACGAGGGGCCACCCUCAGUGCAGCAAGCAGCAGCAGAAGCAGCAGCAUGUCUUGUGUCUCUGUUGUGCCGUUUGCUGGCGGCCCCCUUGGGGGCCCUUGUGGGCCCCAAGGCUUUGGGGGCCCUUGACAAGGCAGCUGCAGCACGCCAAGACAGCCAGGAGGCCCCCGGGGGCACCCCUGGGGGCCCCCCAGGGGGGCCCCCUGGGGCCCCCCCGCCAGGCCCCCACAGGGCGGGAGACCCCGCAGUGGGGGCCUUGAGAGUGCUGGGGCCCUCGCUGCGUGCUGCGCUGCUGUCAGCUGCUGCUGCUGCUGCUAUUUACGUGGCCAGGGCCGCGGCGAACUACCAGGAGCACCUAGCAGUGACGACUCGCCAGCAGCAGCAGCAGCAGCAGCAGCAAGAGGGAUACGUGCCUCUGCACGUGGGAGCCAAGAAGUCUUUCGUGCUGUUUGCACUCGAGGGCCGGAGGCCCUCAGCGGCAGCAGAUGACCCUAGGGGGCCUUCAGGGGCCCCCCAGGGGCAGCUUCAGCACUUCUCCUGUCCCCGACAGCUCCGCCAUUUGCUGCAGCAAAUCCUGUUUUUUGCCUUAGCCUUAAAAGCUCCAUCUCCUCAGGGGGGCCCCUCGGGGGCCCCCAGCUCCAGGGCCUCGUGCCUUCUUACUCCUCAGGUGUCUUUGCUGCAGUGGCUGCUCACGGGGCCCCACAGCUACGCGUGCUGCUGCUGCAGCAGCGGCACCGGCCGGCUGCUGCUUCACCUGUCUGCAGCAGCACUGCAAAGGGGGCUCGGGAGACUGCAGCGCUCCUCCUUUGUGAAAAAUGCUGCGCUGCUGCUGCAGCAACAGCAGCAUGGGCAGCAGCAGGAACUUCAAGACACAAAGCAGCAGACGGUGAUUCAAAAGGGAUCUCCCCAGCUCCAGCAGCAGGGAGAGCGGGCCAAGACACCGGCGUGCAGCCUCCACCAGCAGCAGCAGCAGCAGAAACAGCAAGGUGGCGCCAGCAGCAAACCUUCCUUGGCUAUCAUGAGCUGCCUGCAGCGGCUGCAAGCCUCGCUUGCUGCUGCUGCAGCAGCAACACACCAGCGGACCCCAGGAGACACCGCUGUGCCUCCCCACGUUCUGCGACAGAUGAGCAAAAAGAAGCAGCAAAGGAUUUUACAGCGGCAGCAGCAGCAGCAGCAGCAGCAAACAGCGGCAGCAGCAGCGGCAGCAGCAGACGAGUUCGGGGCCCCAGCAGAUACCCUCGCCGCGUAUGCUGAAGAGCUUGAGGCCCUUUGGCAGCAGACUUUCGAAACGUUACUGCAGCAGCAGCAGCUGGCACUGCAGUGCAGCAGCAGCACCAUCAACCAGCUGCUGUUGCGUGGGAGCUGCGGAGAAAGCAGAGACGAGCAUGAUUCAGCAGAAGCAGCAGCAGCAGCACCAGCAAAGACAAGCGCCGUAGCGGUCCCCCUGGCGGCUUCUCUUGCUGCGGCUGCUGCAGACUCGCUUGAUCAUAUUUCACUGUCUGAACAUAGUGUUUCUAGCAGCGCCAGCAGCAGCAGCAGCAGCAACGGCAGCAGCAGCAGCGAGGUUUCGCCACAACUUUCGAACCAGGAAGAGCCUCUGAUUGUUGAGAUCAGCGACGAUGGCAGCGAAGAUGAAGUGAAGGCGAAGGAACCGAACGGUGCUGCUGCUGUUGCUGCUGCUGCUCCUGCUGCAGCAGACGAGGCAACUUCAGGCUGCCCCAGCCCUUCUCCCUUGACUGAGCCAGUGGACUUGACAACAGAUGCAGACAGCGUCUGCUCCAGUAAUGAGACAGAGCAGCAGCAGCAGCAGCAGCAGCAGCAGCAGCAGGGCGCUGCGAUGUACGUGCUGCAAGCACCUGCCCUGCUUUCCCCGCUGGUGCUGCUGCUUCUGGGCUACGACGCGCAGGCGCUGCUGCUACAGUUGCCUGCUGCUGCUCUUUCGCUGCACAGCAGAGUGCUUGCUGAGGCUGUUAAGGCGCAGCAGCAACUGCCUCCGUCUGCCUGGGCAGGCCCACUCUCUGCUGCUGCUGCUGCUGCUGCUGCUACUGCAAACCCCCCGAAGCAGCUGCAGCUGCAGCUCUGGACGCGGGGGCUGUCUCUUGUUGCGGCGGGAUGUUUAGCUGCUGCUGCCUCAGGUGCUGCAGCGGAGGGCGAAAGCGCUGCUGUCCCAUCUGCCGCAGCAACAGCAAGAGCAGCAAAUGCGAGUUGUGCUGCUGCUGCUGCCGCUGGGAGGCAGCAGCGAGCUGCAGCAGAGGCUGCUGCCUGGUGCCGCUUGUUUCUGUUUGCCGGGCGAGCGGCACUGUCUUCUCCCACACGAAACUCCCUCGUCAUGGCCUCGAUCUCCGCCUUGUUAGAAGUCAUUUAUUUUUGUCCUUUUGUCCCUUCCCACAAGUCCCAGCCGCUCGUCAUGCGCCUGCCUCCCUGCUGCAGGGAGGCGGCUGUCUGCUGCGUGUCUGCUGCAGCAGCAGCAGCAGCACCAGCAGCAGCAGCAGACCCAACAACUGCAGCUGCAGCGCCACCUGCAGCUUCUACAGAGGCGUUGGUACGGCUGGUUCCCCAUACCAUUCGGUGCUGUCUCUUCCCCUUCGGAUUGGGCCGUCUCUAUACCGUUAGCAGCAGCAGCAGCAGCAGCAGCAUCAGCAGCAGCAGCAGCAGCGCUGAAGCUCCCCGAGAGGCGUACCCUGCUUCCUACAACCCCGCUUCUGCUGCAGCAGCUGCUGCAGCAGCAGCAGACGCAACAGAGACUUUGGGAACUUCCCCUUACGCUCCUCUCAGCUGCCCAGCGCCCCCAGCAGGGGGGCCCCCAGAGCCGGCGGGCCCCCCUGAGUCAGGGGGCCCCCUGACUCAGCUGCUGCCUGGCUCUGCAGCAGCUGCAGCAGCUGCAGCAGCGGAGUGGGUGCCUCCAGGGGCCUCUGCUGCUUCUCGCCUUUUGGGGGCCUCGCACUUUGCUGCUCCCCUUCUCAGCAGCCUCCUGAAACUGAGGGGACGGGGGCCCAUUGGGGGGCCCCCUUUGCAGCAGGGACCCACACGGGGGCCCCUGCUGCUUGCAAAUGGGUCCCCAAAGGAGGCCAAAGUUAAGGAAAGGAGGCCCUCCCCUACGGGGGCUGCGCUCUCCUGCCGGGUCCUGGCAAGCCUUUUGCUAGAGGCAACAAAGCCAUUCUGUUUGCUCCAAGGCCCAACUGCAGCGCAGCAGCAGCAACAGCAGCAGCAGCAGCAGCAGCAGCAGCAGAAGUGGCUGAGCUUCAAGGGCCCCUUGUGCUUGGAGUUGCUGCUUCAAGAAACAACAACUUAUUUGUUGGCAGACCCCCAAAGAAGACAAACCCUAAUGCAAUCUUUGGGGACUUCUGGGGGGCCCCCAGGCCUUUCAGAGGCUGGGGGGGCCCUUGCAAGUUUUGUGCUGCCACUUUGCCUGCAGACGUGUUCCCCUGUGGGCCCCACUGCUACAGCAGCAGCAGCAGCAACAAACGCAGCAGCAGCACCUGCAACGACUGCAGCAGCAGCAGCGGCAGCAACGACCGCAGCAUCAGCAGAAGCAGCAGAGAGGACUGCUGCAGCAGCAGCAGCAACACGAAGAAAAGGGCCUGAGGAGACAAUGAGCUGGCACGAAUCUGUUGCAGCAGCAGCAAGAGACGGGGCCCGAGUCUCUGCCUCGCUGUCUUUCUUUUGCUGCGCUGCUCGCGAGCUGCUGCCUCCCCUUUUACUUGUUCCUGAAGCUUCUUUAGGGGCCCCCCUUGGGAGCCCCCCGAAGGGGCCCCCCGCAGCAGCAAAAUGCGCAGCAAGCUGUGGGGCCCUGGAGGGAGAGAGCUGCUCUCUCUUUUGCUCGCCUCCUGCAUCAUUUGCUGUUGCUUUGGAGUUUCUUUUUUGCCACUUGGGGGCCCCAGGGGCCCCUUUGCUGGUUGCUUCGCAAGGCCGCAGCAGCAGCAGCAGCAGCAGCGAGGCAGCAGCGGCAGAGGCAGCAGCAGCCAGAGCUGCUGCAGCCUCUCUUCAGGGUAAAGCCCUUUUAAUGGAGGGGCCCUUAUGUGCUUGCUGCUGCUGCCCUCCUUCUGUCUCAGAGCCACAGGACUUUUCUAGAAAGCCCCGCAACAGCAGCGCAAGAGGCCUGAUCUCUGCUGCAUGCGCAGUUGCCGCGUUUGCUGCUGCUGCUCCGCAAGAGCUAGCAGCAGCAACCGCCGACAGCAGCAGCACCGGCAGCAGCUGCAGCACCAGCAACGGAAGCAGCGGAGCUUCUGCGCUGUCACGAGCCUCCGCCUUUGUUGUGCUAUGCGACAAAGUUCUUCAGGCGGUUGCUGCUUCAUUGCAGCAGCAGCAGCAGCAGCAGCAUGAGGCGGAGUCAGAGGCAGGGUCUUGGGGCCCUCAGUUUGUUCCUGUGGAAUUGCGCGGAUGGUUCUUAAGCAACUGCAGCAGCAGCAGCAGCAGCAGCAGCAGAAGGGCGCCCCUGUUGCCUGCAGCAGACGCCACAGCCAAGCGGGAGGCCCUAAAAGCUCUCAUCGCGGCCUUGAGAGGAAGUCUCAGCAGCCUCUCUAGGUGUCUGCUGCGCCUCGCCCAGCAGCAGCAGCAGCAGCAGCAGCACGCAGCACCAGGGGGACUCCCAGCAGAUUGCUGCUCACCAGAAAAGGGGGGGCCCCCUUCUAUCUGUGUACCCCUGCUCAGGGAGCUGCAGCGCGUUGCAGCAGCUAACCCUAGUUGA